AUGGCAGCUACGUUUCCUGCUCACGAAGAUGACUUGUUCUCGAGAAAUCUGCAGAAAAGGUACAAUGGACUUGUGAUGGUUAGGAAAAGGGCCAUCAGAGGGAAGGGAGCUUGGUACUGGUAUCAUUUGGAGCCUAUUCUCUUCCAGAACCAAGAUACAGGCACUGCUAAAGCUGUCAAACUCCGGUGUGGUCUCUGCAGUGCCCUUUUCUCUGCUUCUAAUCCUUCUAGAACUGCAACGGAGCAUCUCAGACGAGGGAGCUGCCCAAACUUCCGACACCCUGAAGUCAACUACAAUGGCAUCGGACCCAAGUCCACAAAACACAACCUGCUUGCCUUACCUCCACCGCUUGCUCCCCUGGCCAUGGUCCCUGCUUUCUGUUCCUCUGAGCCAGUCUUCCCUAGCCAGCCUGAUAAACCACAACUAACCCAGUCCCAAGUAGAUACCGCUUUUGAUUUGCUCUCAGAGUGGUUCUAUGAGUCCUGUGGCCAUGUUUCAUUCUCUACCCUAGAUCACCCAAAGUUCAAAGCUUUCCUCAAUCACCUUGGCCUCCCUUGUGUCAACAGAAGUUACAUCACUGGUGCAAAACUUGACGCAAAGUAUGAAGAAAUUAUGGUUCAGACUAAGAGCAAACUCCAAGAUGCCAUGUUUUUCCAGUUAUCAACUGAUGGCUGGGGAAAGGGAAAGAAGAGGAACAAUUCUGAUUUCCCAGAUGAUUUUGCCAGCAUCAGUUUGAACCUUCCCAAUGGCAGCACUCUCUUUCACAAGGUUUUAUUCCUCAAUACAAGCAGCCCAAGUUCAGACUACAUCAAAGACAUACUAUGGUCAACAAUCAUUGAAACUUCUGGAUAUGAUGUUUUCAGGUGUGCGGGAAUUGUCGCUGAUGUUGGUAACAUCAACAACAUAGUUCUUCAGGAACUAGAGACACGCCACCACUGGAUGGUGAUCAUCACGUGUCAGUCAACGGCACUCCACAAGCUUCUCCGAGAUUUCUCCAAAGGCCUACCUCUCUUCACCACCACUGGCUCCAUUUGUCUCAAAAUCAUUCAGAAGUUUGAAUCUCACCACUAUAAUGGUCUCAACAUCUGCCUGACCCGGCGGCCAUAUGGUUCCCUUGAUCAGGCAUCUGCAACAAUUUCAGCUGUUGAGAAUGUUGCUCGAUUAUUUCACAAAUUUGGGCACAGCUUUACAGAAAAAGUGAUCCCCGUUGACCCAUCAGAUAGGGCACUUUCUGAUGUGGUUCAAGAAUCGAAGUUCUGGAAAGAUUUAGAUUGUUUUGCUAAUCUAAUCAGCAUAAUCAGAGAUUUACUGCAGGAGAUCAAAGAAGACAGGCUGUGUUUAGGCCAGUGCCUACCCCUAUGGAAAGAACUAAAGAGCAGAAUCACAGGCUGGUGCAGCAGGUUCGAGAUGGAUGAAAAACCAGUUAUGGAGCUGGUGAACAGAAGGUUUGCAAAAAACUACCAUGCAGCUUGGGCAGCAAGUUAUGUUCUGGACCCCCUGUUUCUUGUUGAAGAUAGCUGUGGGAGGUAUCUUCCACCCUUUAAGUUCCUUACUCCUGAGCAAGAGAAAGAUGUGGUGAAAACAAUAACGAGAUUGACACGGGAUGAAGAGGCACACAUUGCAUUGAUGGAGCUGAUGAAAUGGAGGACUGAAGGACUAGAUCCUGUUUAUGCUCGAGCAGUUCAGGCAAAGGAGAGAGACCCAAUCAGUGGAAAGAUGAGAGUAGUGAAUCCACGAGGCAAUAGACUAAUAUGGGAGACUUAUCUCAGUGAAUUCAAGGUGUUGAGACGAGUAGCAGCAAGGUUGGUUUUUCUCCAAGCAACCGCAACCAAACUCAACUGGAACCAAUCAUUUUUAAGUCUGGUCUGUUCAAAGAGGCAGUCCAAUGAAACCAUUGAAAGAGCUCAGAAGGUACUAUUUGUGUCUUUGCAUCAGAGGUUUGAGAGAGAUGACUUUUCAGAUGAAGAAGAGAAGGAUUCAGAAUUGUCUAGUUGUGAAAAUGGCAUGAGUUUAGACCAAUGUUUGGUACGUAGACCUGUUGAUUAA